CGGCAUGCUUACACGUUCACCGCUCUGCUCAUCGUUGUUUUUGCGUAUUUAACCACCUCUAAAGCAGCAACCAUGACCCAGCUCGAGGUAGCCAUGACCAUCCUGAUGAAGACCUUUGAUUCAUAUGCUGCUAUGGAGGGCAAUAAGGACACCCUAAACAAAACCGAGGCCAAGUUGUUGUUGGAGAAGGAGUUGCCUGGACUGAUUGCGGAGGCAAAGAACCAAGCCGAGGUGGACAAGAUGCUGCAAAGUCUGGAUUUUAACGGAGACUCCGAGGUCGACUUCAAUGAAUUCGUGGUGCUGAUAGCUGCUCUCGCGUGCGCCUGCCACGACCGCUGUACCCACACUUGAGCAUGUGGACCGAACCCUGGGUCGGGGCUCAGCAACGGCGACGUUUAAUCUUUUUGUGACAUUAUUUUGUAACAACUGAAUAAAAUGAUUUAUUAAACAAUGAA